UAACCACUGCUGCCAACCCCUGUGCCACGUGCAGAGCAAAGCCUCACCGGUCAGGCCGGAGCUCCCCAAGCAGCCCCACAGGGGCUCCUCGUGCCCCAGGCAUGGGUGAAACUGGUCCCCCGGGCCUCCUGCGGGUGGCUUGGGGUGCCCUCUGUCCCCAGCUCCCCUCGCUGCUGACCCACGCAUCUCUCCUGGCUUUGCCCCCCAAACCAGAAUUUUUAUAUCCAUGCCCCACGGCUUCCCCGCGUGGAAGGGUGGCAGGAGGGGGCGCUGGGGGGGUCGCUGCACCCCGGCAGCGGGCGGGCGCUGCCGGCGGGGUCUCCCCCAGCCCCGCCCGGGGCGGAGCAGUUGCGGCGCCGUGGGCGGAGCGGCGGCGCUGGAACCUUCCAGAGCUCGGCCCGGGCGGCGAGGAGGAGCGGGGUCGGCGAUGGCCACGGAGGCGGAGGAAAGAUGAAACUCCUUGGAGAUAGAAAGGUGGCACCACCUGCUGAUGCACCUGGAGAUGCAUGAGAUGUGGACCAACAGUAUUAACCAGGCCAAUAAGAUGGCCCUGCUUGCCUGGGCCAAAGAAACCGGCAUCGACCUGGUGCAGAUCAAUGGGCAGAGGCGAUAUGGUGGCCCCCCACCAGGCUGGGUGGGCGGUCCCCCGCCGGCUGGCACAGAGGUGUUCAUUGGGAAGCUGCCGCAGGACAUGUACGAAAAUGCAUUGAUCCCGCUCUUCCAGAGCGUGGGGAGGCUGUAUGAGUUUCGCCUCAUGAUGACCUUCAGUGGGCUCAACCGGGGCUUUGCCUAUGCGAAGUACAGCAACCGGCGCAGUGCCAAGGAGGCCAUCGCUGCCUUCAACAACUUUGAGGUGCGUGAAGGCUGUGCCAUUGUGGUGUGCAAGAGCACAGAGAAGCGUGAGCUGAGCGUGGACGGCCUAGCCACCUCAGUGAGCCUGCGGGAGCUGGAGGCCGUGCUGCGACGGGUCACAGAGGGGAUCCUCAGUGUCACCCUGUAUGCCAGCCCUUGCCAGAAACGGGCCCAGCUUGCUGUGCUGAAAUACAGCUCGCACCAGGCUGCUGCCAUGGCCAAGAAAACCCUUAUGGAAGGGAACAUGAGGCUCGGUGGGGUGGAGAUGAGGGUGGACUGGCUGAACCCUGAUCUGAAGCAGAAACUGCAGUUGUGCGAGGAGAAGCCAUCGUCCAGCCAGGUGCAAGGGGGCAAGUGCCUGAGGGUCCCCAAGCAGGCACCCUUUCCUCUGUUACUGCACAACGUGCUGGACCACCUGAACACCCUGUGCCGAAGGCAGUACCUGGGGACGCCCCUGUUCCUCACCAAGCGCAUCCAGGCAAACUCCAAUGGGUGGCUGCAGUUCUGGUGCAGGGUGGUAAUCCCAGGGUGCCCUGUGCCGUUCAGUGGAAUCACGUGGGUCCGGCAGGAUGGGCCAGGCAGGAGUGGGCACGAGGAGGCAAAGGUUGCAGUGGCGCUGCAGAUUCUCCGGAUGCUAGGAUGCCAGCUGACAUAGGCAGCUGUUCUGCCCGAAUCACAAGUUGAACCUGAGCCACCAGCUGUGGUGCCACCGGCCGCAGGAGCACUGUGUGAGCCCUGCUGGGGACCUGAUCCUGUUCUAGCUUUGCUUUGAGUUUGUUUGGGUUUGUUUUGAGAGCCAGCUCUGGAGGAUAGGGCUGCUGGCCUGGUCCGUGACGGCUGCCCUGUCCCUGGCCAGCCCUUGGGGACUGUUCCGUUAUUUGGGGAUUUAGGUUUACCUGACCAGUUUGGUUUCUUUUAAGUUGUUUUGUGUUGCUCUGCUGCAGUGGAGAGGCCUGGUGCAGGUCUUGGGAGAAGCAGCAGCUGCUUGGAGAGACUGCCGGUGUCAGAUGGGGAGGUAGAGGGGACAUAGGGGCUGCCUGGGCUCACCAGGGGACCAUCUCUCUUCUGCUGGCAUGCCUGCUUCCUGGGGAACAGCCUCAUGAGGACAAGGCCACACACAGGGACUGCCCUGUUGAAUGGGAUGUUCUAUGGGCAGGUGGAGCUGCUUUUUAAUGAGGGGAGUGCCUGUGGGCUCUUGGAGGGGCAGGGCUGUUGGUACUGCAGGGAAGCAGCUGUGGGAUUACCAGCUGUCUAUGAAUGAUUCCUUGGGACCAGGAGGUCUGGCUGCAUGCUGUUCACUUGGUAUUAAAGUAGCCUGAAAAGUA